AUGUUUGGGCAAACGCCCAUGAAUAGGGACGACGGGACUCCCUCUGAAUACAGAGUUGGUGGCUGGCUGCUGCUGCUACAAGGUAGUGCAAACACGUGUGGAACUGGUCAGCCACUCUCUGGUAACGUGAGCGUGCACACACACCCCUCACUAUAAUUACCCCCAACGGCCGCAAUUACCCACCCCCCAACUCACACACACCACUUUAUGUGAAAAACACACACACUUUCCCUGUCACAAGCACACUCAUACUCCGUCACCCACCGACUCGCUCUCUCUCCCAUUAUGAAAGAGUGUAUUGGAGGGGAGAGAAAAGCAACAAAGUUCCUUGAAGAGCCGGAGAGGUUACAGCAGCAACACCCAAUCCCAGCACCGUUCCCAUGGAGACAAGUGUGCUGGUACACAGUCAGGUCCAUAAUUAUUGGCACCCUUGAUAAAGAUGAGCAAAAAAGGCUGUAUAAAAUGCAUAAUACAAAUACUGAGCUAUAUUGUACGCUCAAAACAAUUGUUUUCAAUACUCAAGCACCCUCCCCUUGCGAAGAUAACGUCACUGAGCAUUUUUCUCAAAUGUUUUGUGAGAUUGGAGAACACGUUGGGAGGGAUCUUAGACCAUUCCUCCAUACAGAAUCGUUCCAGAUCCUUGAUAUCCAUUGUCUGAUCUCUUCAAGUCCGGAGACUGAGAUGGCCAUUGCAAAAUCUUGAUUUAGUGGUCAAUUAACCAUUUCUUUGUGGAUUUUGAUUAGUGCUUGAGGUUAUUGUCUUGCUGGAAGAUCCACUUGCAGCCAAGUGUCAGCCUCCUGGCAGAGGCAACCAGGUUUUUGGCUAAAUUGUCCUGGUACUUGGUAGAGUUCAUGAUGCCGUUGACCUUAACAAGGGCCCACAGGACUAGUGGAAGUAAAAUAGCCCCAUAACAUCAAAGAUCCAUCACCAUAUUUUACUGUUGGUAUUUGUUACUUUUCUGCAUAUGUUUCUAUUUUUCAAAGCCAAACCCACCGCUGGUGUGCAUGGCCAAAGAGCCUUGGUUGUCUGACCAUAGCACCAGUUCCAAUCCAAGUGCCAAUACCAUUUAUCAAACUCCAGAGCCCUAGACUACAAAUGUAUACUGAACAAAAAUAUAAACGCAACAUGUAAAGUGUUGGUCCCAUGUUUCAUGAGCUGAAAUAAAAGAUCCCAGAAAUGUUCCAUACGCACAAAAAGUUUAUUUCCCUCCAAAUUUGUGCACAAAUUUGUUUACAUCCCCAUUAGUGAGCAUUUCUCCUUUGCCAAGAUAAUCAAUUCACCUGAAAGGUGUGGCAUAUCAAGAAGCUGAUUAAAAAGCAUGAUCAUUACACAGGAGACAAUAAAAGGCCACUCUAAAAUGUGCAGUUUUAUCACACAACACAAUGCCACAGAUGUCUCAAGUUUUGAGGGAGCGUGCAAUUGGCAUGCUGACUGUAAGGAUGUCCACCAGAGCUGUUGCCAGAGAAUUUAAUGUUAAUUUCUCUACCAUAAGCCACCUCCAACGUUGUUUUAGAGAAUUUGGUAGUAUGUCCAACCGGCCUCACAACCGCAAACCACGUGUAACCACGCCAGCCCAGGACCUCCACAUCCAGCUUCUUCACCUGCGGGAUCGUCUGAGACCAGCCACCUGGACAGCUGAUGAAACUGAGCAAUAUUUAUUUCUCUAAUAAAGCCCUUUUGUGGGGAAAUACUCAUUUUGAUUGACUGGGCCUGGCUCCCCAGUGGGUGGGCCUAUGCCCAUUCAUGUGAAAUCCAUAGAUUAGGGCCUAAUGAAUUUAUUUCAAUUGACUGAUUUCCUUAUGUGAAUUGUAACUCAGUAAAAUUUUUGAAAUUGUUGCAUGUUGCGUUUUAUAUCUUGGUUCAGUAUAGUUUGAGGAGUUAGCGAGGCAACUUUGGUCAACUCUGAGUUUGGAUAAUUGGUACCACGAAAGUGGCUCACCUUUUAGCCAGGUACAUUUCUAUGGCAACAAAUCCUUCAGAUCUAACCUGCUCCGGGGCAGGCUAAUUCAUGGCUAACUGCAUUUAUCCUAAAUGAGUGUCUGACGCCGUGUGCACACCGGUUGCAUCAUUACAUUGCUGUAUGAUACAUUUGACGUAGUCUUUGCAAUCCAUGCGCCGCAUCACAACAAAAAUAAUCAUGCUACACAUGAGCAACUUUGGUGGUUUAUCUACUUACGUUCCUGAUACCGCAUGGCAAAGCAACGUACAACUUAGAGAAAUCCAACGAAUGUGACACACUGCACACAGUGCCACACACUGCAAUGUAGUUCGGCAGAUGAGUCACGGCAGUGCGGAUUGCCUCUCAUUGAAAUGAAUGGACUUCCGCCGGAACGCAUACUGUUUGACACAACCGGUGUACACGAGGCUUGAGCCGCAAGUUGAGUUUGUAUGACUUAAUACAAUACUUUUAUCAGUAAGAGUGGGAGAAAGGUGCUUCUGCAUCGAUAAGCACACCAAAGUAAUAAAAUAAAGACUGCACUUGUAAAUGUUCAUUUUACACGAUAGCCUGCUGACUGCUGAAUUUGCAAGAUAACUUUUCUUUCAUUCUGAUUUCAGCAUAAAUGAAAAUGUGGUACUGACUUGUCCACGCGCAGUUACAAGCCUGCUAGAGUUAGCGGCAGGCGGACAAGCAACAUCCACCAUCGGUUGAAGCCUGAGCUGGAAUGUGAAGCAAACUGAAGCUGGUUAGCUUUAGAAAACCCUGAGUAGAUCUAGCUUGCUUCGUAGUAUAAACCUCAGGCGGUGCUAUGGUCAGAUGACAUGAAAAUAGAGCUCUUUGGCCAUGCACACAAAGUGGUGGGUUUGGCAUCGGAAAAAACAGAAGCGUAUGCAGAAAAGUAUCUCAUACCAACGGUAAAAUAUGGUGGUGGAUCUUUGAUGUUAUGGGGCUAUUUUGCUUCCACUAGACGUGGGGCCCUUGUUAAAGACAUGCUCCUGAACUUUGGCAACUGCUAAGUAUUUUUUUUACCUCCCGCUUUGGGCUGGAUGUGUCAAUGUGUCGUUCAUAAUAAUACAAAUAAAAUGUAUGCACUCACUAACUGUAAGUCGCUCUGGAUAAGAGCGUCUGCUAAAUGACUAAAAUGUAAUAAUCUAUGAGCAGAAUUACUGUCUUACUGCAAUUAGCCACGAAAUCCCUAGUUUGAAAGCAACUGUUUUUCUGGAAGCUGUGUGUGCCAUUUUCCCUAAAUUUCCCCCACAUGUGCCAGCCCCCUAGCAAUUCGAGUUCGGGCGGCUGGUAGCUUAGUGGGUAAGAGCGUUGUGCCAGUAACCGAAAGGUCGCUGGUUCUAAUCCCAGAGCCGACUAGGUGAAAAAUCUGUCGAUGUGCCCUUGAGCAAGGCACUUAACCCUAAUUGCUCCUGUAAGUCGCUCUGGAUAAGAGCGUCUGCUAAAUGUCAAAAAAUGAAAAAUGAAAAAACAAUAACCCAAAAUCCACAAAGAAAUGGUUGACUGACCACAAAAAAGAUUUUGCAAUGGCCAUCAGUCUCCAGACUUGAACCCCAUUGAAAACCCGUGGUUUGAAUUGAAGAGGGAAGUCCAUAAGCGCAGAGGAAGGAUAUCAAGGAUCUGGAAAGAUUCUAAAUGGAGGAAUGGUCUAAGAUCCCUCCUAAUGUGUUCUCCAAUCUCAGAAAACAUUUGAGAAAAAGGCUCAGUGUCGUUAUCCUUGCAAGGGUAGGGUCCUGGAGGACUGAAAACAGGGUUGCCAAUAAUUGAACAAUAAUUACUAGUUAAAGAAAAUGUAUUUUUCUGAGCAAUUCUAUUAGUAUAAAAUAAUCUAAGUUUCCCAAAAAUUGGAGCAUGCAAUAAAGCUCUCGCUCUCUCUCUAUUUCUGUGUGACUUUGUCGAACCAGGGACGUAUUCACAAAUGCACACCGUAGCAAAACGUUUUGCAACGGAAAUGAGUUUAUUGUUGGACAAGUUGAGGUAGCCCCUCCUCGCUUCCUUUUCUUCCGUUUGGUUUCUAGUGAAUGUUUCGAAGACGUUCUGACAACGACAAGGGAAGAUGUUAUCAUUUUGAAAUAAACAAACACGGCAAGGCCACGCAUAUGUAUUUUGACUGUCAGUCAACCAAUCAAUCAUACAGCAGAGCAGGGUGGAGUUGGCCUUAGGGUCACACACACUCACGCAGUGAACCUCAAACACACACCUGACUUUUUCGUCAUCGUUCAUCCCCAUAAACUUGAACCCUUUUAACAGAGGCAAUAAAAACAGAGACAUCAUGUCCCUGUCAUACUCUCUCUCUCUCUCUCUCUCUCUCUCUCUCUCUCUCUCUCUCUCUUUGAUUUCUGCUCCCCUCUUUCCGACAACUUCACUUCCAUCGGCCAUCCAACUAUUGUCUGUAGUCUCUCUCUCUUUCUCCCCCCUCUCUUUCUUUCUCUCUCUCUAUCCUAGUGCCCAGGUUUUUUUUGUUGUUGUUGGCAUCGCUCCUGUUUGUUUUCAGCCAUUUUGGGGACUGGCAGUGCUCGUAACAAACUGCUUAAAUGGCGUCCUCUGCCUUUCUCUCUCUCUCUCUCUCUCCCUCCCUAUCUCGCCGGGCUUUGUGUAUGUAAAGUAGUGUGCGUGUGGUUGGAGAACAACACUUCCAAAUAAAAAGAGGAUUGGAUUCGGGGGGGGGGGGGGGGGGCCUGAGGCUGGGGCGGGGAGAAUAGAACGGGGUGAAGAAAUUCACUUGCUAAAAUACUGAGAAUCAUGUGCAAAACUGAAGUGAGAGAGAGAGUGGAGCAGGCGAGGGGAAGAGAGCGAGAGAGAGAGACCGAGUGAGACAGAGUGUGAGAGUCGCUCCUACCCUCUGUCUUUACACACUGCUGCCUGUGUGUGCGCGUCGUCUCUCCCUGCCUGCACUCUCUCACACACACACACUCACGCAGACGCACGCUCACACAGACCGAGGGAGAGAGCGGAUAGAGCGAGCAAGAGAGAGAGGAGGGAGAACACAUCGCAGCAAGAUGCAGCAGGAGGUUUUCCGAGGUACGUUGUCUUGUUGUGUGCUUGCCUAGCAGUGAAAGGGAGGCUGAUAUCUUUAUUUUUCGUCUGCUUGUUUUUCUCAGUCGCGCCAUCGCCUGGUUGUUUUGUAUGUCAGUGUGUGUAAGUGUUGGUGUCUGUGUACUACGUGUGUGUACUGUGUGUGUAUACUGUGUGUGUACUGUGUGUGUGUGUGGGGCCGAUAAGAGGCCUUGUCUCCCUCAUCCUCCCCGGUCUCGCUGGUGCACCACGCAGUUCUUUUUCAGGAGCGAUGACUCGUUCAGAGAUUGUGAUGAAACUUCAAAAAUCUCUGUGUCUUCUGCAUCUGCAUGAAACACUCCAGAUCGGGGGUCUAGCUAGCGUGUGUCAGAGCUAGGCGGUAGACGUGGGCAUGACAUGGGCUUUGUAUUUUAGGGAAACCUUUUUUCACUGUGACUGGUCAGCCAAUCUUUCUCCAUCAACUGAACUCCCAAAACGACACAAGGAGUUGGUGAGAAACUGGCACAUACACGUCCCUGAUAGCGGAUCUAGCGCCGAGGUUAAGCUAUUCUCGUCUCUCCUGUCUGUUCUUUGGUGUGUCAUCAAAAUAUCCUCCUCCUAGUGCCAGGUUGUUAUUUUGGAAGCAGAAGGAGGUUCUUGCUAAGCCUUGGAGGGCAUUUUGACGUCACAGCCCCAUUGUUGUUUUCCUUACCAACCCUGCUUCCUUACCAGUCCCUCUGCCAAAUAUGUCCACAUUCCUGGUCACCAUGGCCACCAAGCCUCUGCCUUCACUGUAUGGGAAAUAUGACCCACAGGGCUUUAGGGGUCAGAGGUCAGGAGUUAUAGGGAGCCUCGUUGCUUAGCGCCAGUGGCAGUAGAUUAAUUUCCAGCUAAGGGUUUUCUGUUUGACUUGUUGUUUGUUUACUGUCUAGACUAUGUCAAUGGCAUCCAGUGGAAGACUUGAAAACCCUGGCAAUGUUGGUUUUGCGUACAAUUUCCACUUAAGCCAUUCCAAUUGUCCAAUUCUGAAAUUGAGAUUUCAGCAUUCAACGUUUCGCAUAAAUCUCUUGUUGAUAUGAAUGAUUUACGCAAAAGUAUGAUUUGGCCAGAAGUUUGAGUUAUGAUUUGGCCAGAAGUUUGAGUUAUGAUUUGGCCAGAAGUUUGAGCGUCUAUAAAGUCAGGAUUUGGCCCUUUGCUGGGUGAUGCCCUCUAGUUGUACAGUUGAGAUUUUUUUAUUUUAUUUUUAUUUUACCUUUAUUUAACUAGGCAAGUCAGUUAAGAACAAAUUCUUAUUUACAAUGACGGCCUACACCGGCCAAACCCGGACGACGCUGGGCCAAUUGUGCGCCGCCCUAUGGGACUCCCAAUCACGGCCGGUUGUGAUACAACCUGGAAUCGAACCAAGGGGUCUGUAGUGACGCCUCAAGCACUGAGAUGCAGUGCCUUAGACCGCUGCGCCACUCGGGAGAAAUUAAGAGAGCAGAAGACAAAAUUCCGUUGUUCGCUGUAACUAUGGACAAUAAAGUUGUAUUGUUUUACGCUGCACACACCUAACAGACCUGCACUGUAUCUUCAGAAGGACAGUGUGCAAAACUGAAAAUGGUUUUGGGAAAAUUACCCCAAAAAGGUCAGUGGUGUAGUGUUUCCACUCUCUCUCGUCUCAAGGUACUUUUUUGGGUCGUCCCGUCCUCCCUAAUGCUCCCAUGAUUCUAUUACAGGGGUCAGAAUUCUGGUAAUUAUGUGCCGUGUUCAGAGCUAACGGACCAUGGAGUGUGGCAUUUUAACAUGGGGCAGGCUCGCUGGUGCGUGGAGUGGCAUGCCAAAUUGUAGCGAUACCAUAGGUCACACUGAGGGAGGGGUGGGGGGAGAGGGCCAUGUUGACACGCUGAGCAGGAUCUGAAAGACAAGGAAACCAUGAAAUAUGGACAAGGAAGAGAUGUGUUUGAAGUUACACUACCCACCCCUCCUCUCUCCACCCACCACUCCUCUGAACCACUCCCCGACCCAUACCAACCUCCAUUCCUCCCCUCCUCUUCUCCUCCUCCUCCCUCUGCCCCAUCUGGCUGGCUCCUCCGUUUUUUCUGGGCCGGGGGGUUGUGGAGAGUUCAGUGUCUCUCCCUCUCUCUGUCUCCAACGACAGCCCCCUUUUCACGGCCCAACUGGUGCCCCCUUCGCUGGCCGUUCCACACUGGGGAGAGCCCAACCAACACCUUCCUAUUUCCACAACCCCUCUCCACUCGCUCACAGUGCGGAACGGGUAAACCCCCCUCCCCCCCACACACUCCAAUCCGGCCCCCCACAUUUCCCCCUCGAGUGCUGGCUGAAACCCACCCACCAGUCUCUUGCAGUAACUAGUCUAUGGCUGGGCUGUACAUAUAAAGGAGAUCAGAGCCAUUGCAUACUAACUGAUUAGGACUUGAGGUACUUUUAAUAGUAGCAUGGUCACUGUGACCCGAGUGUAGCAUUAAUGUUUUUCUUCUCUCACAAAUUUCCUCUUGCUGACAUUGUGAUUCUGCCUAGUGUUCUUCUACGUAGCUUAGUGAGUCAUUUGUGUCACACGAACCGUACCUGCACUUGCUGUUCUGUUUUUUAGUGUUUUUGUUUUUUUCAGCACCGUGGGUGCAAAUAGAUGUACAAUCCUUCAGCGGACAUGUUUGUUUGUGCAGAACACUGUGCUUCAGAAGGGCACUUUAUUUUGAGGGGGCGAGGCUGGGUCCUUGGCACUCUGAGGGUCAGACGCUUGCUUGCGUGUGUGUGAGGGGGGAGGGUGUGGGUGCAUGCGCGUGAGUGGUGCGUGAUUGUGUGUGUAAAGCCGCCCCCCCCCCACCCCCCACCCCACCGCACCGCACCGUCACGCUUGGCCAGUCCGUUGUUCAGGGCCUGUUUGUGGAGAGGCAGUUGUGUGCGUCACAGCAAGAUGAAGAGAGAGAGGGGGCGGCAGAUGCAUUUUCCUGUUUGCAGCGCAAACACCAGAUGAAAUCGUGACAUUUUUUUGCCCUCACGCUGUCUCACGUUGUGUCCGCCUACGAGUAACUGGCGUCUAAAUUACAUUUUUUUGUCAUUUAGCAGACACUCUCAUCCGGAGCAACUUGCAGUAGUGAGUGCAUAAAUUUUUUGUACUUGUCCUCCAUGGGAAUCGAACCCACAACCCUGGUUUUGCAAGCACAAUGCUCUACCAACUGAGCCACAGGGGACUAAUAUCACAGUAAACAUCCACGUAAUUCUCAAGAAGACACAUCUACUUUAAAGGGAUACUUGGCUAUUUUGGCAAUGAGGCCCUUUAUCUACUUCCCCAGAGUCAGGUGAACUUGUGGAUACCAUUUUGAUGUCUCUGUGUCCAUUAUGAAGGACGUUAAGCCCUAUUUGGACGGGAUAAGUUUUACUGGGGGAGCUCAGCUAAUGUAAACAUGUGCACAAGCACAAAUCACUUGGCAUUAAUUUAUUAUUCCAGCCCUAAAAACCUACUGUUUUUCGGCAAACUCCCAGGUCCUCUGAUAAUACUUAUCCCCUGCGAAUCGUCAUCCCUGUGUUUUGAGGGACAUUACAGAGUUUAACAGGUGCUGCACCCAGUUUGGAUAAGAACAUGGUAACAAAUUGAUGCUUAAAACAAAGUGCUAUGCACGUAGCAUACAGAUGAAUUAACUGUUUUGUUACGUAUCAACUUUCCUAGUGCAAUACUUCUCUUUUUAAAAGAUGAAGUGGACGAUAUUGUGCCAAUUAAUUGAUAAAUUGCCAAAUACGUCAGGUAAUUAAAUGUCUGCAUAGCUUACAGUUCAUGGUUCUUAUUGAUAUGCAUUAUUAUUUUGACUUUCUCUGAACUGAAGGUCAUUAGGCCAAUAUUAGGUUAUCCCUAGACGUUUGAAAUAUCUUCACGCCUAGAAGAGCCUCCAGGCUUCCGUCAUAAUGGUCCAUUUUGAAUGAGAAAAAAAAAGAAUUACAGGGGCAGUUUGGUCAAACUAAUCCCGUCCGAAUCGUCCACUGGAAAAACUGACAUGCUGGGGUAAUAAUUACAUAACCGACGUUCUAUAGUAAUACUAGUCCCGUGCGAAUAGGGCUAUAGAGGUAGGUUGCCAAAAUCCCAAUGUAUCCCUUUAACUAUGUACACACUUCCUGAUAAUCUGCAUAGUCACUGUGUUUGCCUGUAUAUCUGGGUAAAUAAAGAGCAAUUGGGUCUAGCGGUGUAGUUGUGCGACUUUACUGUAAUAAUAAUAAAUAUGCCAUUUAGCAGACGCUUUUAUCCAAAGCGACUUACAGUCAUGUGUGCAUACAUUUUUACGUAUGGGUGGUCCCGGGGAUCGAACCCACUACCCUGGCGUUACAAGCGCCAUGCUCUACCAAUAGAGCUACAGAGGACUGUGUGUUUCGUUGUGUAUCAUUUUACCCUAUUUCACUGUGUAGGUGGCAUGUCCCUUUCCCUCUUUAUGUCCACUUUCUUCAAAGCUCCUCUUAUUCUGUUCUGUAAUUCAGUUCAUUCCACCUAUACAGACGCUCUGCUCCCCUGCUUCACCCCGUUGUUUUGCAUAUAGUUUUACAAGCAAGGCCAUCCAUGACAUCAGUAGUUUGUUUUUGUGGCCGUGGGUGCUUGCCAGUGCCUGUAUAUAUGACUGCAUGCAUUUAUGCCCAUGGGGGUGUGUUUGUGUCUGUCUGCCUGUGCUCUGUCUGCCUUUCUGUCAGCCUGUGUUCCUGUUUCCAGCCUGGCCCUCUCUCUCGCUCUCUCUCUCUCUCUCUCUCUCUCUCUCCUCUCCUCUCCCUCUCCCUCUCCCUCUCUCUCUCUCUCUCUCUCUCUCUCUCUCUCUUCCCUCUGCAAUAACAGUGCUGACCUAGUUUCUGCCUGUUCAGGGCUGCCUGUGGAAUUUUACAGAGGCCUUGCUGCUCGACAACACAAGCAGAAAAGCAUGACUGUGGAUUUUUCUUUUUGUCGCAUCAUUAAGGCUUCAACAUCCAUCUCCCCCUAUCUGCAGACCCCACAGAACGGCCUGUGCUAAAUAAGUAAUUACAAUAAAAUUGCCUAUUGCAGGCGAAUCUGCGAGCUUGCGUGUAUGAAUAGAUAGCAGGCGAGUGGAUCUGCCGCAAUCGCUGCUCGAAUUAGAAUGGAAAUGGGAAGCGCCCCGUCGAUCUUCGCUCAUCCUCUCGAGCUUAGCUGCGACAGAACCGGAUGCAGCGGGCGGAAAAACACCCCUCCUCCACAAUCCUCCCCUACCCUGCCUCCCUGCCUCCCUCCCUGGCUUCCACUUUCCUUCCCUCCCUCUCUGCCUCCCUCCCUUCACAAAUAAUGGUUAGAUUCAUGGCCGGCAGAUUCUGACCACUACCAGGAAUGGGGCAGCAGGCUGUGAUGAGAAUCACCCCCCUUUUCCCCCACCAUGUCUGUUUAAACGGGACCUAUUUGUUUUAAGUCCGCAGGGCUAUGGGAUGCAAGUCAACACUCUAUUCUGGGGGAAUCUUGAUUAAAUCUUGAUUAAAUCUGAACGCCUUCCAAUUAGGCGACAUGAAUGUUGUGACACAGCCUAGAUGGAUCGCUGGAAUUUCUUUCCAGUCUCUGCGUGCUGAAAUCUAAACCAGCACUGCCACAUAUUCCUUCCUCUUGCUCUCUUUCCCUCCUCUCGCCAUUCCUUUUUGGAUUUUAACAUCAGUUGACGUUUGUUGCGCUCUGAAGCAUCUUUAAACAUUUUCUUAGCAUCAUUUCCUUAGCAUAAUUUCCUUAGCAUCAUGAAGGAUUCUUUUUUGGAUAGGAAAGGGUCUAGUUUUUCUGGUAUUAUACAUUCAAAUUUAGCACUUAUCCACAGCGACUUACAAAACACGCAUGCAAGGAUCCAUUCAAGCUGUAACACUCAUCUCUUCUUGUCGUUUCUCAGGUUUUGGGGGCCGGUCAUGGUGUCCUGGCUGGAGGUGUCGGACCCCCUCCACGCAGGCCUCUUCCUGCCGCGCCUGAACAAGCAGCGCCUGCCCGCCGGGCCUGCCCUCUUCUGUGACGUCAACCUCAUCGCCACCAGCAACGCCAAGUUCGCUGCCUGCAGCCAGUACUUCCGCCAGCUGCUGCUGUCGACGUCUUCCCUACUGCCUACGACUCCUGUAUUAGACUGACGCCAUCCGCCAUCCGCCAUCUACCCCCUCUUCCGGGCUCAUCCAGGGGGCUGAGCUGGACCUGGAGCUGCCUAACCUCCUGUCCAGUGUGCUAUCCAACCUGCUCGACUUCAUCUACUCCUCCCGCGUCGCCCGCUAGGGCUCCAAGGGGACCAGGCGUCUGUCGGAGGCGGGCCUCAGCCUCGGGGUGCCCAUCUUGACCCACCUGGUUGAGGAAGAAGAGGAGGAGGAACCAGGGCAGAUGAAGGGUAAAAGCAGGCAGGGCCGAGGAGGGGAGGCCAUGAUGGAGGGGCUGAUGAAUGACGAGGCAGACGGCCCCGAGAACGCUAAGAUCACCCUCAGCUUCCCCCUCAGCGCUGCCCUGCCCGCUGCCCUCACCGUUCACAACCACCGCUCCUCCUCAGCCACAUCCUACCCCUGCCGCCGACACCCCUCCUCAGCCACCAAGGGGUCCAACGAGGGGUCAGCGUGGAAACUGGAUGCCACCACCACGGACAAACGGCCGCCCUUUAAGCCCCCCCAGCGGGACAGCUCCCCGUCCUCUUCCUCCGCCUCCUCUUCCCCUUCCUCUCCCAUGGAUCUUACCGAAAAGGACAUCAAAUCUCCCCCGCCUCUUUUCAAAGCAGGUCUGGACUCCCAGUUCCACAGGUUCCCCCCCAGGUCCUCCAAUGGGCCUAUAGGGUGUUACCCAGGGGAGGGUCACAGACUGACCAAUGGCACGGCCUCACCCUCAAAGACUGCACAGAUCCUGUUCAACCUGAGCACUGUGGCUUAUCGGGGCCAGGGGGGGCGGGGCACAGAAAGAAAGGAGAAAACAGGAAAAAAAGGAGGGAGGGUGGGCAGCCCCCAAGUUGGAACAAACCUACACCCGCCCACCCUCCACCUUUCUCCACCCUCUUCCUCACCCCUCGUCCUCUUUCACUCUUCCUCCUCACUCCUCCUCCACCCUCCCAGAUGGCCCCAAGCCGGAACUGAUAUGUGGGGUGUGCCACCGCCUCUUCAGCUCCGCCUCGUCUCUCACGGCCCACAUGCGGCUGCACCGUGGCGGCCGGGCCCUCAGCUGUCAGCACUGUGGCAAAGCCUUCAUCCAUAACAAAAGACUGCAGUCCCACGAGGCCUCCUGCACGCACUUUCUGAGCCCAGCCCUCCCAUCUAACAUCCCCCUUCUCCCCAUCCUUCCGAAAGAGGAGCCCCUGGAGGAGGGGGAGGUUAGGGUGGAGGGAGGACAGAUUCUGGGGGCAAGUGAGGAGGAUAUGAAGCCUGGCAAAGGGAAAAAAGGGCGAGGUCUCCUGGUUCGGCACGAAGGCGACGUGUCAGAGCUGGUGGGGGACGAGGACCACUUCGUCAAGGUGGUGGACGGCCAUGUCAUCUACUUCUGCUCGGUGUGCGAGCGCUCCUACAUGACCCUGUCCAGCCUCAAGCGUCACUCCAACGUGCACUCAUGGCGCCGCAAGUACCCCUGCCACUUCUGCGACAAGGUGUUCGCCCUGGCUGAGUACCGCACCAAGCAUGAGGUGUGGCACACGGGCGAGCGCCGCUACCAAUGCAUCUUCUGCUGGGAGGCCUUCGCCACCUACUACAACCUGAAGACCCACCAGAAGGCUUUCCAUGGCAUCAGCCCGGACCUCAUUUCCAGCGAAAAGACAGCCAAUGGUGGUUACAAGCAGAAGGUCAACGCCCUCAAGUUCUACCGCCUGCUCCCCAUGCGUUCCCAGAAGAGGCCCUACAAGACCUACAGCGACUCCCUGGCCAACGGCCUGCUGCUGCCCCCGUCUGACCUCUCUGCCGUCCCCCUGCCUCAGCCCCUGGACUGCAGCCUGCCUGACUCCCUGGACCCCAGUGGCCUUCACAGCCUCAUCAGUUGCUCUCUACCCAAGGGUGUGAAGCCUGACCCUGACGAGAUCCCUGCCGGCUUCCCCCUCACAGUGGGCCUUGAGCAGGGAGAGAUCCCCACACUGCCCCCCUCUCUAACAGGCAUGGCCUUAGGGAGAGUAGCUGACAGAGAGGCAGAGUCAGAGCAUGUAGGUAGCUGUGGCAGCAGCUCCAAGGCAUCCGUUCGUAACAAAGUCAAAACUCCCAAGGUCAGCGGUAGCCCAGAGUUGGGUUUGUCCUCUGUCAUUACAUACGGCCACUCAAAGCCUUCCGUCAUAGUGCACGGCACAGCGGCGUCAUCCGUCAUUGUCCAUAGCAACCAGGUCACCUCUGGGGCCGGGAAAAGCCCCCUGAGCAGCCCCUCCCCUGAAGCUAGCAACAGCCAGACACUCCCCAAGGUCAGUGCAAAGCCUGUUAAAAUUCACAGGGAAAGUACGGAGAGCCAUAGGAAGAGAGCUAAAUUAGUGGACAGUUCAGGCGCCACAGAGGAGUCGGAGAGGAGAUCAGAAACAGGUAGGUCCCAUCAUAAGUCCCGCAAGGGGCACAGCAAGAGUGACAGCUCCUCAGCCAAACAGUCGUCCACAGGGACAGAGGGCAAAGGGGCUGGGCCGCUGUGCCAGAUCACGGUGCGGAUAGGCGAGGAGGCCAUGGUCAAACGCAGCAUCUCCGAAACUGACCUCAAGAGGGACAGGAGCCCCGCUCCUUCCAGAACCAAAAGGACGGAAUCCUCCCCACAGGACGCCAAGGAACCUCGCCACUCCCACCACCACCAUCAUCACCACAAACACCGCUCCCAUCGCAGCUCUAGCAUCGAAGCUGAGGGGGAGAGAGGAGGAGAUGGGGAGAGAGAAAAUGGAGAGGGGGACAGCCGGAAGAAAAGCCCCAAAGCCCCGGGCAAGGUCAGAGAGUACUACUUCCGCCAGGAGGUGCGCAAGCAGUGGGAGAGUGAGGACGAUGAGGACAACCUCUGGAGGCCCUACUACUCAUACAAGCCCAAGAGGAAGGCCCCUCAUGCCCACAAAGCAAAGAACUGGCAACGCAAACUCCGCUACAAACGCUCCCUCCGGCUGAUGAGGAGGGCAGAGAGACUCAUGGACCAUGUGAACAAGGAGGCGGAGGACCAAGAGGAGGAGGAUGGAAAGAUGGAUGAGGUGGAGCAGGGUGAGGGGGAGGUGAAAGAUCACAUGGAGGAGGGAGAGGUACCUGAAUCCCUCAGUACUUCCUCUAUACCUUCAAAAGAGAAGGACAAAGAGGGGGAGGAAGAAAUCGGGGAAGCCCACCUUAAGCCCACUGAUCCUCCCCUGGUCUCUCCCCAGCCCCCAUUGUCUACCUCAGUCUCCCCUAUGGACACAAAACGCCGGUCCCUGGUCCGAUGGGAGUGCGUCGGAGUGCGAUACAUGCGGCCGCUGGUUCUCCAGUUCCAGGAAGCGGGAUAAACACGAGCUUUGCCACUUGCUAGAGUUUGUGUGCCUCCUCUGUAGGGCCCCCUUCCCUUCCAGAGACCAGCUAGAGGACCACCAGAGAGCCCAACACCCCAAAGCCCCCGACCCCUCGUCUGUGCCAUCCCGAGCAGGGUCUCAGUCACGAGAUGAGGGCAUGGAGACGGAGAUUGAGUUAACAGAGGUAGACAGGGCAAGAGAGAGGCUUAUACUAGGGAAGGGAAGUCCAAGUCGCCUAAGCAGGAGGUCGUUGGCGAGACACACCUGUCCGCAGUGCCAUAAGGUGUGCAAGACAUCCUCAGCGCUAAACCGCCACAUUAGGCGCCACGAGUUAAGCAGCUCCCCGGAAAGAGAAAGGGAGGAGACGCAGACAGAGCCAAAAGCAGCAGCAGAGACAACAGUUAGCACUGUUAGCAAAGACGUAGAUACCACGAGUGACCAUGUUCCCGGUGUUCAGUCUGUCCCAGUUAUCAGCUACCCUAUCCCAGAGCCACAGCAUAGUAGCGAGGGCAUAGAGCCGCUGCAGUGCGCGAGCCAGCCUAGCGAAGUGAAAGCAAAGCACCAAACUCCAACACUGUGCAGCGACCCUGAACACAAAGAACUUAAUGAACUCACAACUCCCAUUCCUGACAGAGAGCCCAGUCCACAGAUUAUUCAGCCCCCUCCAGAGAUCCCCAUGGCCGCUAUCCCCACAGCCGACCGGCCCACACCAUCUCCCUCCUUCUGUUGCUCCUCGGCCCUCCAGGGCGUGCUGGUCAUGAGCAGCGGAGCUGAAUGUUUGGACUACCGGACCCCCAGGAAGAGGAGUCUGGAGGGGCAGGACCACAGGAGGACCAGCCCUGCACCUGUCACAGGAACACCCACCGCUUCUCCAAAUAUGCCCCCGACCUUGCAGAUGAGAAUCAGCCAUACUGCUGCUCCUCCGUCCGUUGCCAUGACAACAGUGCCCCUCCAAGGGGUCUGUGGCGUGAAACAGGAGAGGGAUAUUGUUGGAAAAGGACUGAGGCAGGGAUGUGGGAUGGGCCUCCUCCAUCAUGCUGGUUUUAAGGACUCACCAGUGGCCCAAGAUCUCAGGGUCCCGCCCUUGUCCAGGAGCCCCAGUCCCAACCAAGCACAAGACCUGACCAUGUCCUCGAUUCUAGCCAGGGAGAGGGAGGUGGAGAGGGAAAGGCAGAGAGAAUGGGAGAGGGAGAUGAAGAGAGAGCUGGAAAGGGAACAGGAUAUGGAGAGAGAGUUGGAAAGGGGGAGGCAGAGGGAAAGGGAUAUGGACAGAGAGCUGGGAAGGAGGAAGCAGAGGGAGAGGGAGAUGGACAGAGAGCUGGGAAGGGAGAGGCAGAGAGAAAGGGUGAUGGAGAGGGCUCAGCAGUCUAGGGGAGCAUCACUACACGAGCAGCCCAGAGACAUGGAGGGGACCCUCCUGGUACCCAAAGAGGAGCCAAUUAGUCCCGCACCGUCCCCGAUACACACACCCAUUCAAACUACUAUUAACAGCCCACCCUUGCAGAGGCGGCCCUCCAAGUCCCCUCGCCGCUCCCCCACUGCCAUGGACCUGCUGAUGCAGGCCAACCGACAGGCUGCCCAGUCCCUGCAUGGCACACAGGGCCUUGAGAGGUUUCAGUUGCCCACUGGGUCGGUUAGUUGCAGCGACCGCCCCUCGGCCCAUGCCCUGCUGCUCCCCCGGGCCCCCCCGCCAUCUGAGGAAGAGGCCCUGGACCACUCCCCAGCGCCAUCCAGAGACCCUCAUAGAGGGGAGGUCACCACCAGGGGAUACCCUAUGCAGGACUACCCCCUGCCCCUCAUCGUCCAGGGCGGCUACCGCUCUGGCAAGAAGCAGGAGGACAACCUGCUCAUGUCCUACCCGACGGGGCCUCUCGCCUUCGGGCCGCUGGGGAAGAUGGUGCCUACCGGGGAUCUUGCCAAACUGCCGUUCUACCCCGACCCCUACCACCUGCUCUACGGGCCGCAGCUGCUGGCCUACCCCUACAACCUGGCCACCUUGCCCAUGGCUCUAAACAUGAUGGCCCCCGGGGGGGACAAGGUGGAGCCGCUGCCCUUCCUUCCCGCCCUCUUCAACUACGCUGCUGCAGCUGGUCCCUACGCUGGCAUGGCACCACACCACCUAGUGGGCAACCCCAGCCUCUACAACAGCAGCGGCGGCAGCAGCAAGAAACAGCGGGACAACAGCAACGGAAAG